AUGAUCAAAUACGUCGUCUUUCCUUUAUUUCUCGCAUCUCUCUUAUCUUUCUCUCAUUUACUCAUUUUAAAUUCUUCAGUUGAUUUUCUUUUCUAUCAUCGUUUUUUUUUUAUUUCUGCUUUCUCUAAUUUUCUUUACUUUAUUUCGUUUCUUUGCCUUUUUUGUUGUUUUAUAUUUCAUUUUGCUUCCUUGUUUUUAGAUUUCAAUCUAUCAUAUUUUUAUUUAAUCUUCCUUUCUUUUAUUUUUUUUGUUAAUUUUUGUUUCUGUUGCUUUGCCAUUUUUUUGUCCUUUUCACUGGAUUCUUUCCUUGAGAAUUUUCUCGUUUUUCUCUCUUUCACUUAUAUUAUUCUUUUCUUUUCAUUUCUCACCAUUUCUUUUCUUAUUCUUACUCCAUUUUUCUUUAUUUCUUCUUUUUCUCUUUUUACCGCCCUUUUGCUUUUUUUUUUUUUUUUUACUUAUUCAUCAUCUGUUCUUUUUUCAUUUCCUCUUUAUUCAUCUCCCGUUAUCUGGUCUUUCCUUUCUUUCUCUCUUUUUCCCUUAAAUAAUUUUCGCUUACUUUUCUCUAUUCCAUUCUCUCUCAUUCUCUCUCUCUCUCUCUCUCUUUCUCUCUCUCUUUCUCUCUCUCUCUCUUUCUCACUCGUUUUCUUCACUAUUCCUGCUAUUGCUCUUAUUUUUCCUUCUUCCUUUCUCUUUUAG